CUCUCUCUCCGGUGCGCCUGCGUGCUGAGACGCACCGAGAGACCGACCGUCCGCUGCCUGGACCGGGACCGGGCGGGAGGAGACACACACACACACACAGGAGGAGGAGGAGGAGGAGGAGAGAGGAAGAGGAGGAGGAUGCACCACUAACGGUUCCGACCCCAUCUGAUGUAAACCUGCAGGGAUGGACGGGUAGGGACCGGAGCGGAGCGGCCCACGGUACAGAACGGAGGAGAGAGGAAGAGGAAGAGGAGGAGGAGGAGGAGGAAGAGGAGGAGGAGGAGGAUGGAGAGGAUGAAUUCGGUGGAUGGAGGAGGUGAAGCGGGCCCGGACGGCCUGGCGACGGCAGGUUCUGGUAAAGCCGAGUGCGUCCGGGCCGUCGACGUCCUGACGCCGCUCCGAGAGAAGGUGGCCUUCGUGUCAGGUGGACGGGACAAACGCGGCGGACCGAUCCUGACCUUCCCUGCCAGGACCAACCACGAUCGAAUAAAACAGGAAGACCUCAGCCGACUGGUCACCUACCUGGCGACCAUACCCAGCGAGGACGUCCGCGCUCGUGGCUUCACGGUGGUGGUGGACAUGCGCGGCAGCAAGUGGGACAGCGUGAAGCCGGUUCUACGGACGCUGCAGGAGUCGUUUUCCUCCAACAUCCACACGGCGCUGCUCAUCAAACCGGACACCUUCUGGCAGAAACACAAGACCAACCUGGGCAGCGCCAAGCUCAGCUUCGAGACCAGCCUGGUGUCGGUGGAGGGUCUGUCCCGGCUCGUCGACCCCUCCCAGCUGACCGCUGACCUCGGCGGCUCGUUGGAGUACGACCAUGUGGAGUGGACCGAGCUGCGUCUGGGUCUGGAGGAGUUCACGGGGGCCGCCACGCAGCUGCUGGCCCAGCUGGAGCAGCUGGAGGCCGGGCUGAACCGCAUACCGGAGCCCCUGGACGUGGACGAGGCCCGGAAACUUCUGGAAGAACACGGUCGUCUCCGUAACACCAUCGCCACCGCACCAGUCGACUCCCUCGAGCGAGAGGGGCGGAGCUUGCUCCAGCGCAUGCGUCUGGGCCCCUCCCACGGUGACGCCACUACUGAAGGCGGCGGCGGCGGCAGUAGCCACGGCAGCUGGCUGUCGGGCGGGGCGGACUUCCAGAGCGUAGCGCCGAAGGUUUCUUCUCUGCUGGACCGGCUGCAGGCGUCUCGCAGUCACCUGCUGCAGAGCUGGAGUGACAGGAAGCUGCACCUGGACCAGGCGCUGCAGCUGCACCUGUUCGAGCAGGACGCCACCAAGAUGUCGGAGUGGAUCGCUCACAGUAAAGAGUUGUUCGUGCAGAGUCUGGUGGAGGUCGGCCAGAACCACCUGCACGCUGUCGACCUCCAGACGCAACACCAGCACUUCACCGCCAACUGCAUGAACGGCAGCGUGAAUGUGGACAGCGUGGUUACCGUGGCGGCGAGGCUGGCAGAGGCCGGUCACUACGGGGCGGAGCGGAUCUCCAUGGUGUCGUCGCGGUUACAGGAAGAUUGGAAGUCCCUGACGACGGCGCUGGAGGAGCGCAGCAACACGCUCGCCAUGGCAACCGGCUUCCACCAGGGGGCGGCGCAGUUCGUGCUCAGAGUGGAGGGUUGGGUUCAGGUGUGCUCUGAAGGGUCGUUGCCGUCGGCGACAGCAGAGCUGGAAGCUGCGACCAAGAAACACCAGGAACUGAACGAGGAGAUCUCUGCUAACUACACCCAGGUCAGCGAGAGCGGUAAAGCCUUAUUGGACGUCCUCCAGCGUUGCCCGGCAACCAACUCCGACGACUCGGCGGCGGCGGCGGCGGCGGCGGCCAAACCGGACUUCACUGCCGCCACGCACGGCAUCAUGGGAGUUCUGCACCAGGUCAUGCAGGGUCACCACGAGGUGGAGGGGGCGUGGCAGCAUCGUAAGCUCCGCCUCCACCAGCGCCUGCAGCUGUGUGUGUUCCAACAGGACGUUAGACAGGUGUUGGACUGGGUGGAGCAGCACGGCGAGGUUUUCCUGAACAAGCACAGCGGCGUGGGGAAGUCUCUGCACCGAGCGCGAGCGCUGCAGAAACGCCACGACGACUUCCAGCAGGUGGCACAGAACACUUACACCAACGCCGAGAAGCUUCUGGAAGCAGCCGACCAGCUGGCCCAGUCCGGAGAGUGUGAGGAGGAGGAGAUCUACCAGGCCGCCAGAGACCUGGAGCUACGCAUGCAGGCGUUCAUCCAGAGAGUUGAACAGAGAAAGCUGCUGCUGGACCUCGCUGUGUCCUUCUACACUCACACCAAGGAGCUCUCGGUGUGGAUGGAGGGCCUCCAGAAGCAGCUCUCCUCCUCAGACCUCCUCGUGUGUCCCGACACCGUUGAGUCUCUUCAGGCUCUGAUCAGCCAGCAGCAGCAGCAGCAGGCCAACACACAGGAAGCUGCGAUGAGUGUCAUCCGGGAAGGAGAAGACCUCAUCCUGCAACUCAGGCCUCAGGGCAGCUCGGUGGUCCAUGUGGAGACAGUGCUGCAGCAGCUGGAGGAGUCUCACGUCCAGCUGGAGGAACUUUUCCACCAGAGGAAGAUCCGGUUGGAUGUUUACCUGCAGCUCCGCAUCCUGCAGCAGUGCACGCUGGAGGUAACUGGGGAAAUGGACGCCUGGAAGCAGGACCUCCAGAAACAGUCCCAGGACUUUUCCGCAGAGAAGCAAGCAUCGCCGCGGCUAGGCGACGCUAACCAGGACAAGCUAGCCCAGGACAAGCUAGCGUUGGGCCAGUCGCGGCUGGUGGAGGCUAGCCCCGAGGUGCUAACGCUAGCACAGCAGCGCAUCCACAGGCACAUGGAGCGAAGGCUUGCUAUGAACAACAUGAUCUAUGAGGUCAUCCAGCAAGGUCACGACCUUCAGCAGUACAUCACUGAGGUCCAGGCGUCAGGUAUCGAGCUGUCGGAGGCGGAGGGAGGUCUCCCCGCUCAGGUGGAGGAGCUGCAGCGCCUCCUGCAGGACAAACAGAAGGAGCUGCAGCAGAUCGCCGAUCACACCCACACACACCUGGAGCAGAACCUACAGCUGAGACACCUGCAGAGCCAGGUCAAACAGGUGCUGGGCUGGAUCUCAGAGGGUGAGGUGAUGCUGUCGUCCUGCAUGUUGAACUCCAGCUGUCUGUCUGAAGCCGAGCAGCUGCAGAGGGAACAUGAGCGCCUCCAGCAGGCCAUCGAGGCUCUGCUCCACGCCGACUCCCUGCAGAGGACCCACCAGGUGGCUCUGGCUCUACAGCAGAGAGCUGAGCUGCUGGUCAGGUCGGGUCACUACGACCCCGAUGCAGUGAGGUCUUGUGCCCAGACGGUGGCGCUGCACUGGCAGACUCUGAUGCUGAGGAUUGAAGACCGACUCAAACUGGUCAACGCCUCCGCCGCCUUCUACAGGACGUCACAGCAGGUGUGUGGGGUUCUGGAGAGUCUGGAGCAGGAGUACCGUAGGGAGGAGGACUGGUGUGGAGGAGGAGAGAGGCAGCCGGAGCUCCUCCUUCCUCUCGUCAGUAAACACAUGGAGCAGAAGGAGGCGUUUCUGAAGGCCUGCACCCUGGCCCGACGGAACGCCGAGGUUUUCCUCAAGUACAUCCACCGAAACAGCGUCACCAUGGCGAACAUCUCGGGCCACAGCAUGACGGGGGUCACCGAGGUCACGGGUCACUCCAGGGUACCGGAGCAGCAGGUCAAAGGGAUCCUCAGCGAGCUGCUCCAGAGGGAAAACAGAGUUCUUCAUUUCUGGACUCUGAAGAAACGUCGACUAGAUCAGUGCCAGCAGUACCUGAUGUUCCAGAGCCACGCCCAACAGGCUCUGGAUUGGCUGCAGCAGUCAGGUGACCACUACCUCGUCACGCACACGACGCCGGGCGCGAACGUGUCCGAGACGCAAGAACUGCUGAAUCAACACCGAGAGUUCUGCGUGUCCGCCAAGCACACCCAGGAGAAGGUUCACCUGCUCAUCCAACUGGCUGAGAGCAUGCUGGCCAAAGGCCACGCCCACCGCACCGAGCUCCGCCGCUGCGUCUCCGCGGUGGACAAACGGUACCGCGACUUCACCGUCAGGAUGGGUCAGUACCGCCACCUGCUGGAGACGGCGCUGGGAGGCUGCUCGCAGGACAAUAAGGACUUGGAGCUGGAGCUGAUCCCCAACAGUCUGUCUGACUCGGACCCGGAGGUCAACCUGUCCGACCCGAGUCAUCAGGUCAGCGACGAGAAGAGGCGCUCCGCCCGCAAGAAAGAGUACAUCAUGGCUGAGCUGCUUCAAACUGAGAGAGUCUACGUCAGAGAUCUGCAGGAGUGUAUCGAGACGUACCUGUGGGAGAUGACGAGCGGCUCAGAGGACGUCCCGGCUGGUCUCAACAACAAGGACGACGUCGUGUUCGGAAACAUCCAGGACAUCUACGAGUUCCACAACAGUAUUUUCCUGAAGGAGCUGGAGAACUACGAGCAGCUUCCUGAGGACGUUGGACACUGCUUCGUUACCUGGGCGGAUAAGUUCCACAUGUACGUGACGUACUGCAGGAACAAACCGGACUCCAGUUUACUGAUCCAGCAGCACGGAGCCGGCUUCUUUGAGGAGGUCCAGAGGAGACACGGUCUGACCAACUCCAUCUCAUCAGCUCUCAUCAAACCAGUUCAGAGGAUCACUAAGUACCAGCUGCUGCUAAAGGAGUUGUUGGCGUGCUGCGAGGAGGGUAAAGGCGAGAUUAAAGAAGGCCUGGACGUGAUGUUGAGCGUCCCCAAGAGAGCUAACGAUGCUAUGCACGUUAGCAUGCUGGAAGGUCUGGAGGAGGGUCUGGAGGUCCAGGGAGAGCUCCUCCUCCAGGACUCCUUCCUGGUCUGGGAGCCCAAGUCUCUGAUCAGGAAGGGGCGGGACCGACACCUCUUCCUGUUUGAGCUGUCACUCAUCUUCAGCAAGGAGAUCAAGGACUCGUCUGGACGAACCAAAUACCUGUAUAAGAGCAGACUGAGGACGUCGGAGCUUGGGGUGACGGAGCACAUCGAGGGCGACCCCUGUAAGUUCGCUCUGUGGGUCGGACGAACACCGACGUCCGACAACAAGACGGUGCUGAAGGCGGCGUCGUUGGAGCUGAAGCAGGAGUGGGUGCGCAGCAUUCGCCAGGUGAUCCAGGAGAGGCGGGGCCACCUGCGGGGCGCGCUGAGGGAGCCCAUCCCCCUCCCCAAGACGCCAAACCCCACCCUGGGGCGCCAGCGCAGCAUCAGCCGCAGGGAGACCAGCGAGGACGCCGACAGUCUGGGUGAUGCCAGCAGUCAACCCGACACCGUCUCCAUCGCCUCCCGGACAUCACAAAACACCGCCGACAGCGACAAGCUGUCAGGAGGCUGUGAGUUAGUGGUGGUGUUGUUGGAUUUCACCUCCGGAGGACCGGGAGAGCUCGGCGUCCGCUGUGGUCAGACUGUGGAGCUGGUGGAGCGUUCAGCCGAACGGCCCGGGUGGUGUCUGGUCAGAACAACAGAUCAAACGCCCCAGCAGGAGGGUUUACUGCCGAUGAGCGCCCUCUGUCUGUCACACUCCCACAGUGCAGCAGACAUGGAGGGGCUCAUCCCGGCUUCCACCACCUCCUCCAGCACCUCCUCCACGUGCACCACCACCACCUCCUCCUCCUUCAACUCCUCCUCCACCACCACCACCUCGUCCUCCAAUGCCUCCAACUCCUCGUCUAAUGCGAAUGCUGGGAGAGACUCCAGCCUGUACGGAUCGGAGGGUUCGGGGCUCCAGACCGGCAGCCAGAGUGGCUCCUCCCCCGCGGUGUUCGGAGUGGGCGGAGCUCCGGGAGGCGCCGCCGGCUCUCCGGGAACCAAACGCAGCGGCUCUGGAACCGGAAACACGCUGAAGCGCUGGUUGACCAGUCCCGUCCGGAGGCUGAGUCAGGGAAAAGCUGACGGACAGAAGAAACCUCCAAUCAGAACCAGGAGGCGGGACAACAAGUCGGAGGUGACCACGCCCCUCACCGGCAACGCACAGACGAAGGCGAGGAAGGAGGAGGCGGGGCAGAGCGGCGGGGAGGAGGAGCCAGAGGAGGAAAGCCACACCCUUUUACCUCCUCCCAUGGACAUCAUCAAAGACCCCAACAACCCCGAGGCUCUGGACUCAGAUCAGGGCUCCAACGAGUCGGACACCGAGCAGAGAAAUAAAGCUCUGAGAGGACGCAUGUUUGUGGUGAACGAGAUGAUCCAGUCGGAGAAGGACUACGUGAAGGAUCUGGCUGUGAUUGUGGAGGGCUUCAUGUCCAGGCUGGAGGUCAGAGGGAUCCCAGAGGACAUGAGAGGAAAAGACAAGAUCGUCUUCGGCAACAUCCAGCAGAUCUACGACUGGCACCGCGAUUUCUUCCUGGUGGAGUUGGACCGAUGUGUUCAGAAUCACGACCUGCUGGCCGACCUCUUCAUCAGACACGAGCGCCGCCUCCACAUGUACGUGGUUUACUGUCAGAACAAGCCGAGGUCAGAGUUCAUCGUCAUCGAGUACGAGACCUUCUUCGAGGAGAUCCAGCAUGAGAUCAGCUGCAGGAUGUCCAUCAGUGAUUAUCUGAUCAAACCCAUCCAGAGAAUCACCAAAUACCAGCUGCUGCUGAAGGACUUUCUCAAGUACACGUCUAAAGCAGGACUGGACUGUGAGGAGAUCGAGAAAGCGGUGGAGCUGAUGUCGCUGGUGCCGAAGCGCUGCAAUGACAUGAUGAACCUGGGACGCCUGCAGGGAUACGAGGGGAAGUUGACGUCUCAGGGGAAGCUGCUGCAGCAGGAGACCUUCUGUGUUUGGGAGCAGGACGGAGGAGUUUUAUCUCGCAGUAAAGACCGACGAGUUUUCCUGUUCGAGCAGAUCAUCAUCUUCAGCGAACUGCUGCGUAAAGGAUCCAACAACCCGGGAUACCAGUUCAAGAACAGCAUCAAGGUGAGUUACCUGGCGAUGCAGGACAGCGUGGAUGGUGACCCCUGUAAGUUCGUGUUGUGGUCUCGUGGCUCGGCGGAGCGCUUCACGCUUCAGGCGUCCUCCGCCAGCAUCAAGAUGACCUGGGUGGAGACCAUCGCCACGCUGCUGGACGCACAGAACAACUUCCUGUCAGCUCUUCAGUCCCCCAUUGAGUACCAGAGGAAGGAGGGCGGGAUCUCCGUGACCCGCCCUUUGUCAUCAGGACGACCGCCGUCGGCCCCGCCCACACCCAACGGCCACGCCCCUCAGCCUCCUCCUGACAGCGAGCAGGACGACCAGGAGCUGGUUCUGGUGCUGCAGGACUUCGUGGCGGUCCGGGAGGACGAGAUCUCCGUGUUCCGGGGGGAGAAGGUUCAGAUUCUGGCGUCCAACCAGCAGGGUCAGAGUCUGGUGUACCGGCCGGCCAACAGCGACUCGCCGGCCGCCGAGGGCUGGGUGCCGCGCAGCGUCCUCAACGCACACUGACACGUACAAAUACACAAUAAUACUAUGACUGACAGCAGAGUACAUACAUCAAAUACUGCAAGCUAACAGGGCCAAAGGCAUGCUGGGAAAUUCUGUUAUGACGGUGAGAGGUGGAGCCUUAAGAUGGCGAUGUGAGCUCUUCCAAUACAUCCCAUAAUAUCUGAACAACUACCGGACAUGGUGACGACCUCAUCUUCCCUGUAGCGCCGCCAUCAGGACGUUUGACCACGACAGUCUGAAAAAACGCUGGAUUACCGUGAAAGUUUCCAAAUAGUUAACAAUUCUUGCCAUUAACGAUUAAUUUACCUGCAAUUUUCUCGCCAUUGUCAAUUAAUUUAUUUUCUCGCCACUAUCAAUUAAUUUACCCUUUAUUUUCUUGGCAUUGUCGAUUAAUUUA